UUCUCUUUUUCCGGCGAGGAAGGACGGUGGUUGUAAUCGGCGGCGAUGGAGAUAUUAAGGACGAAAUGGGUGGCUAUGGCGGCUAGUAUAUGGAUACAAUGCACAAGCGGCGGUUCCUACACCUUCGGAAUCUAUUCCGCUGUCCUGAAAUCGACUCAAUCGUACGAUCAAUCCACCCUCGAUACCGUCUCCGUCUUCAAGGACAUCGGAGCAAACGCCGGAGUUUUCUCUGGGCUUUUAUAUACUUACGCUACCUCCAAUCGUCGCCGUGGACGGGGAGGCGGAAUUGGAGGCGCAGGAGGACCUUGGGUGGUGCUUGCUAUUGGGGCAAUUCAGUGCUUCGCCGGGUAUUUUCUCAUUUGGGCCUCCGUUACCGGAGUUAUUAAGAAGCCGCCGGUGCCGCUGAUGUGUCUGUUUAUGUUCUUAGCAGCUCAGUCGCAAACGUUCUUCAAUACGGCUAAUGUUGUUAGUGCCGUUGAGAAUUUCGCUGACUAUGGUGGUACAGCCGUUGGCAUUAUGAAGGGGUUUCUUGGUCUAAGUGGAGCAAUACUAAUUCAACUGUACGAGACAUUGUGCGCUGGAGAUCCGGCGAGCUUCAUUCUCUUACUGGCAGUAACACCAACAGUGCUCUCACUCUUGGUCAUGCCUCUGGUCAGGAUCUAUGAGACAAGCGUAGCCGAUGAUAAAAAGCAUUUAAAUGGUCUUUCAGCUGUAUCUCUAAUCAUUGCAGCUUAUCUUAUGAUCCUUAUCAUAUUGAAGAACACCUUUGGUUUGUCAUCAUGGGCCAAUGUUGUCACACUUGUGUGUCUACUCGUUUUGCUUGCCUUGCCUCUACUUAUUGCGAGAAGGGCACAACGAGACAGCAUGGAGAAAACAGUACCACAUGAUUAUUCCCCUCUCAUAAGCAGUCCAAAGGCAACAACCUCCGGUAACCAAAGUUCUGAAGGCGACAGUAGAAUAGAUUCUGGUCUGAGUGAGAACCUGAAUCUUCUGCAAGCUAUGAAAAACCUAAGCUUCUGGUUGUUGUUUCUUGCCAUGAUUUGUGGAAUGGGUUCUGGACUUUCGACGAUAAACAACAUUCGGCAAAUAGGCGAGUCUCUUCGAUACUCAUCUGUUGAGAUAAAUUCAUUGGUCUCCUUGUGGAGUAUAUGGAACUUUCUUGGUAGAUUUGGAGCUGGUUAUGCCUCAGAUGCAUUGCUACACAAAAAAGGAUGGCCACGUCCAUUGCUAAUGGCUGCAACACUUGGAACAAUGACGAUAGGCCAUCUAAUUAUAGCCUCUGGUUUCCAAGGAAACCUUUAUGUUGGUUCUGUUAUAGUUGGCGUUUGUUAUGGUUCACAAUGGUCUCUGAUGCCUACAAUCACCUCUGAACUAUUCGGGGUUCGGCACAUGGGAACCAUCUUCAACACCAUAUCUGUGGCUAGUCCCAUCGGUUCCUAUAUCUUCUCUGUAAAAUUGAUCGGUUAUAUCUAUGACAAGACUGCUUCUGGGGAAGGGAACACAUGUUAUGGCUCUCACUGCUUCAGGCUGUCAUUUAUUAUAAUGGCCUCUGUUGCAUUCUUCGGGUUUCUUGUCGCCAUUGUACUGUUCUUUCGGACAAAGACGCUCUAUCGUCAGAUUCUCGUAAAGAGAUUGCAUCGCCGAUAAGAGUUCUUGUGAAUACUAUACUUGAGAAAAAACGAAUACCGCUUCUCUUGCUACAUCCAUGGUUAGCUUAUGCUUCCCAAGAGGUACACAUCAAUUACUUUACCUGUUACUUGAUUGUAAGUUAUGUUUGUAUCAAAUGUCUGUGCUUAGAGAUGGGAAGAAAGAAAGCUGAGAUCAUUGUCUCUCUUUCUUUUUUGUAGUUUCUUCCAAAAAUGUGAGUUUUUCUUUGUGAAGUGUAUAGACAUCUCAUACUUCCCAAUAAUGUUGAAAUUUUUUA